AUGCUCAGCGCCGCGCCGGGCCGGCUCGGCGGGCUUCGUGCCGCGCUCCGCGCCGGGGCUGUCGGCUCAUCCUCCGCUCCUGGCACGGGGAGAGAAAGGAGAGAGCGCCCAUUGGCCGGUGCCGCGGGCGGUUUCAAGGCGCCCCCCCCGGGGGGUGGGGGGGGACACGCGCGGCGGGGGCGGUUUCCAGGUCCCCCCGCGCACACCCCGGAGCGCCCCGGGCCGGAGCGAGCGGGAUCAAAGAGCGGCGAGAGGGGAACGGGGCCGCGGGCAGCGCCGGCCGCAGAUUACGGCGGGCGAUUCAUUACGCGGGACGGCAAUCGAGUUAGGAGGGAGCGGCCGGGGGCCACGGGGACCCUCCGGCACCGCACGGACAGAGCUGAGCACGCCAGGACACACGGACACGGCACAGGGACAGACAGACAAGGACAGCCGGGAACAGGCGGCCGCACCGCAGGGCUCAGCCCGGCACAGGCGCUGGUGCAGCGGGACGUGCGGCUGCGGCACGGAGCCAUGCACGGGGACACGCUGAGGGACACACGGACACGGAAGGACACGGGAUGGCACCGGCAGCACGGAGGCACCGCACACUCAGCCUCUGCAUUCUGCUCCACUGCUGCCGUGCGAAGGCCCCUUGGAUCCCUCUCCACGUGGGAAGGGCUGGGAAAGGGCUGUGAUGGAUUAUCCGUGCGCGGUGCAGAUCCCGGCGUGGGGGGACGUGGUGUGCAGCCACUCGUGGUUGAGGAGUGCUGGGAAAGAGUUUCUUGACUGAAAAAGAAAACCAAAAAAACCUCAGAAAAAGCGGCUCUCAGGCUCUUCCU